AUGACUGUAGCCCGCUUGGCAAGGAAGUACGGAGCAGUGAUAUUCUUCCCCACAUUUACAGUAACAACGAUAUUAGCCGACUGGACACAUACACGUGCCUGGAAAGAACAACAACGUCUACUUGCUAAAAGCAAAGAAUUAUUAACCGAUUAGGCAGACUCAGUGAGCAAACAGAACACAACAAUAUGAUUGGGUUGGACAAACGCUAUGUAUGGGCUGUGUUGCCCUUUAUUGGUUUUGCCAUUGGCCACUUCUUAGAUAAGAAGGAAACCGAACGUAUGGUACUGUUCCGUGAUAAGAGCGCACUCUAUGCUCGUCCAGCCGGUUCAGAAGGCAAACCUCCAUCUUGGUAACUACCAUGGCGUUUAUAAGUAAAAAAUUGUCCACUUUAAGUACCAUUAAAAGAAAUGUGAAAUAAGAAAGUUUGUGUUUUAAAUAAAUGCAAAUGUUGUAAACGAAA